CCUGAAAGGGCCCGUACUCCUCGAACAUUAGCGCUUUAUGCAGCGUAAGACGGAGCGGGGUUGGCCCCUCCUACGCACUGUUGCUGCCCCUUGUUGAGGUGAUCAUUUGCCUCGACUCCCGUCUAUUAGCGCAGGAUGUCCCAACCCAUGCGAGUGGAGACCGUCACCUCUGUCAGGGAUCCAAACGGAGUGGAGGUAAACAACCUCAGCAAGAGUUCAGAUAUGGAGGUUGAGGUAGUAGCUGUUACUCCGAUGAAGAGGGAAGAGCCUGUGGUGACCCGGAAGGAGCUCUGGAGUUACUACCUGUACUACAACGGAGAUAACGGAGUUGGGCCCAUCAUCUAUUUCUUGACUCUUUUUCAGAGCCAGGCAACGUCUGCUGGGUGGGAUCCUUCCCAAGGCCCGGGGUCUACAUGCACAAACUCUGAGCAAUGCGUUCUCCCUUGGGGAAGCGGUACCAAGUCUGUCAGCUCUGUCGUGCUGAUCGCAAACGGUCUAAGCUUUGCGGUACAUCAUGCCAUCCUGUUCACAACGAUCAGCUCAGCAGCCGACUACAGCACGUUUGGGCGGUGGUUGCUGCUCGUCGUUACCGUCAUCGGUUGGGCUGCCCAGUUCGCCAGCAUGGCCCUUACGAAACCCUCACGAUGGGAAGCUGCGAUGGCACUCUACAUAUUAUCCUACGUCUCAUACGGUGCGACCCUCCUCGAGAACCGGGAGAUCUCCAGAGAGGAGUACGAGCUCGAGGAGAGCCUAGAGAAAAACCGGGUCAGCAAUAUCAGCGCGUGGCACAGUAACAUCGGGUUUAUCUUCGUCCUCUGUCUGAAUCUGUCGGUCUUGCUGCCUCUCGCGAACAACGCCCUGGUCGACAACUAUACGAUAGUUCUAACCAACAUGUAUGGGGUGAUCCUCAGUGCAUGGUGGUUCAUCUUCCAACAGCCUCGACCCGGACCUCCGCUUCCUCCGGGGGAGCAUUACCUGACCAUCGGGUGGAAGCAAAUCUGGCUCGUCCUGAGGCAAUGGAGGAAGCUGCCGUACACCUUCAUGUACCUCUUCGCGUUCUUCCUUUAUCUGAUCGUCGGCCUCAACACCACCGGCACGCUCAUCUCCAUUUGCCAGAACGACCACACGUACCUUAGCUUUGCGCAGGCUUUCACUGCCACUGCCAGUACCAUCGGCUUCUGGUGGAUCCAGAGGUACUGGAAGAUCUCGACGAAGAAGAUGUUCAUGGCCACAAAUGUCUUCACGAUCUUGAUUCCGGUUUGGGGCAUGAUCGGACUGUGGACCACGAGGUUUGGUUUCCACCAAGUCUGGGAGUACUGGGCGUGGAACGCUGUCUUCGGUCUGUUCCAAGCCCCGUACUACUCCUACUCGCAGACCAUGAUGGCGGAACUCGCGCCGCCGGGCUUCGACAACAUGUUCUUCGGAUUGUUCGGCCUGUCGAACCGCGCGUCGUCGAUCAUCGGGCCGAACGUCAUCCAGGCCAUCAUCAACCGCACGCAGAACAACUGGGAAGGCUUCCCGUUCCUCGUCGCCAUAUGCACCGCAGCCAGUCUUGUCAUCUGGUUCGGUGUGGACGUGGAGAAGGGUCGCCGGGACGCCGUUGCGUGGGCGGAGCAGAACCGGCCGUACGCAGAGACGGGCGUGCGUGUCAAGGGGGACGCGUCCGAGUCGUUGGACUCGGGGAACUAUGAGAAGAAGCCUUGAGCUCGCUGGUUUACCUUGCGAGGGUUCAACAUGAAUCUUGGGGCAUAAGUAGUCAUGACCUUGUAGCAUAGUAGAGAAAGGAAU